CCCCGUUUUCUUUUAUAAUUUUUUGCAGGUAGAAAACCGUGCGCUACGCUUACGCGAAGUAGCCACCGCCAUGCAGCAAUACCAAGACGAACCUCUACCAUCAGCUGCCUCCGUGCACGGUGGUGGCGCGGCGCAUGAUAUCAAUCAACUACACCCGCUAGCCAAUGAGGGUGUGUACGAGGAGCCAGGUGGUGGCGACGGAGUUGGUGGUGGCGGUGGUAACAUUAUAAUUAUCGGCACUGGACCCGCUUUUCAUCCGCGCAUUGGUGGGCUGGGCUUGAAUGCAUAUGGCGCGGGUGCGGCAGUGGGCGUGGAGGAGGACACGUUACACCUAAACGGCAAUAGUGUGUUCAGCAGUAGCAGCGGUGCCGGUGGUGUUGCUGCGGUGGCCAGCGCCACUGGCAUUCACGGCUCAUUGACAGCACCGAAUGGCCGCAGCACUGGCGAUUGGGAGUAUUUCGAUGAGGCCGGCUACAUUCGUCGCGGUGCGUUGCGCACUGGUGAGGAUCCUUACAUACGGAAUCGCUUUAAUCAGGAGGCUAGCGAUGCAUUGCCCAGCAACAGGGAUAUACCAGAUACACGGAAUCCAAUGUGUCGCAAUAAAAAGUACCGGGAGGAUUUACCAGAGACGAGUGUAAUUAUAACAUUCCACAAUGAAGCGCGCUCAACGCUGCUCCGCACAAUAGUGAGUGUGCUGAAUCGCAGUCCCGAGCAUUUAAUACGAGAAAUUAUUCUAGUCGAUGACUUUAGCGACCACCCUGAGGACGGGCUGGAGUUAGCCAAAAUCGACAAGGUGCGUGUGCUGCGCAACAAAAAGCGUGAAGGGCUGGUGCGUUCGCGUGUACGUGGCGCCGAUGCUGCAGUUGCUGGUGUGCUCACCUUCCUCGACAGUCACGUGGAGUGCAAUGAAAAGUGGCUGGAACCGCUGUUGGAGCGUGUACGUGAGGAUCCGACACGUGUGGUUUGCCCAGUCAUCGAUGUCAUUAGCAUGGACAACUUCCAAUACAUUGGCGCAUCGGCCGACUUACGUGGCGGCUUCGACUGGAACCUGAUUUUCAAGUGGGAAUACUUGAGUGCUGCGGACCGUGCCGCAAGACAAAAUGACCCCACCACUGCCAUACGUACGCCCAUGAUUGCGGGCGGCCUCUUCGUCAUCGACAAAGCGUACUUUAAUAAGCUCGGCAAGUACGACAUGAAAAUGGAUGUGUGGGGCGGUGAAAAUCUGGAGAUCUCUUUCCGUGUGUGGCAGUGUGGCGGCAGCCUCGAGAUUAUACCAUGCAGCCGGGUGGGGCACGUUUUCCGGAAACGACAUCCGUACACAUUUCCCGGUGGUAGUGGCAAUGUGUUUGCACGAAAUACAAGACGUGCAGCUGAAGUCUGGAUGGACGAUUACAAGCAGUACUAUUAUGCUGCAGUGCCGCUGGCCAAGAAUAUCGCAUAUGGCAGCAUUGACGACCGGUUAGCGGUGAAAGAGAAAUUGCAUUGUAAGCCAUUUAAAUGGUACUUGGAAAAUGUCUAUCCGGACUUACAAGUGCCGGAGUCGUUCGAAUUUGGCCAAUUUAAACAAGGAGCAACGGACUGCUUGGACACCAUGGGCAACUUGGUCGAUGGCACAGUGGGACUCUUCCAAUGCCACAACACUGGCGGCAAUCAAGAGUGGGCCUACACCAAACAAGGCCAAAUCAAACAUGAUGACCUCUGUCUGACGCUGGUUCAAUUCGCGCGGGGCUCUGAAGUGGUGAUGAAGGAGUGCGACAGUUCCGAAAAUCAGCGCUGGACAAUGCGUGAAGGCGGUUUCCUGCGGCACAAUAAACUCAACGUAUGCCUCGACUCACGUGAUCACCACGAGCAUGGCAUUACCGCCCAACGCUGCAACUCAGCGCUGGAGUCACAACGUUGGAAAUUUGUGGCGAAUGGGAAGUUUGCGUGAAAUGAGGCGGCAAUGGCUGCAAAGGGGACUACUAUGAAGGUAAAGAUGACGAUGACGGCUGAGACAACAGGUGUGGAAACGAAAACUGGCGUAGAAGCGGAAGCGGAAGCGGAUGUUAAUGCGGCGACAAAAUACUAAACGAGGAUCUCACUCUUUGCACGACUAUGGACACUACAAUAACUUUGUAGCUAUCACUACCGCGCAAAAACUAAGUUUAUUGUUGAGGCUCAUAGAGCCACAAUUUUAAAACUGCUACCACCAAUUACAACAAGGCGAAUGACACUGGGGCAAUGAGGUGGAACAUAAACGUUCAACACGCGCGCGUAUACACACACACACACACACACACAGUCACAUACACACGAACACAUGGACUCACAAAAUGGCAUGGCACGCAAAGAAAUAUAAUGGCAAUGAAUGACAACUAUGUAACUAGCAGAGUCUGACACAGCGCUCGAAUGUGCCGGCACGUUGUGCAGCGGAGGGGAACAGAAGGGCAGCAAAAAUGACCGUUGAUGGUCGUUUAACAACAAAGUGGGUAAUGAAGGACAUUAUAAAGAGUAUAAUUAAGCAUAAGCGAGUAAACAAGGACACUAGUGAUAUUAAAAGUUUAAUGGAUGGCUGGCGCCGAAGUAGCCCUCAGUAAGGAAGAGUACGGAGAAGCAAAGAAAACAAAACGUGGCAACGGUGUAAGCACAAUUGCAACAUCUGCCAGCUGACAUACACACACACACACACACACACAUCCAGGCAGACAUACAUUUGUUAGUUAAAUUUACAUGAAUUACAAUAAGUGUGUAAUUUUAAGUGAAAUAUGAUAGAAAGGCGAAUACGAUGUGGCAGGACUAUGCCGGUUGGCAGCGACUUGGCAAAUGACUUACUACUUACAUAUUUAAUAGUGAAGUGAUGCUGUUGCAUGCAACGCC